AGUCAAAUGCGUUGGCUGAUUCCAAGUUGUAAAACGACCUUCUGACAAUGUAGUUUAGGCGUGGCUAAGUCUAGGAUUUUUUGGUUUUCUUGGGCAACGGAGAUUGUGACUUGUCAGAGUAGUCCAUGGGUCUAAUGAAGAUGACACAUGGCGAGAUUUCAAUAAUAAGACUUCAUUGACAAAGAGCUUUAUGGUAAAAUAUUCUGCUAAAAAGCUACUGUUUCCGCAGUUUAUUGCAAAUUAUAGUCACUUCUGUGACAGCAAAAGAACUCAUUUUCGUGUAAAAAUUCUAUGGUAUACAUUCUACUACACUUCUCGAGAUAAUGCGCAGCACAUUUACACAAACGGUCAAACUAAACGAAACAAUCCGUAGGUGGAAUGCAAUGAAAAGAAGAAAACACACACGUGCGAAACCCAAUUACUACAAAAGUAGGUGGCAUUAGAAGCCAUGGAGAUUGAGAUUGAAGGACGGCGUAUGGUGAUCCAGCUGAAUUGGAGCCGUCCGAAACUGCAAGACCAAUUGCUUAAAAGCGCCUUGACAUUGACGAAAGUCGACGCUGAUGCCGGACAAAAUGUCACGCCGACUCAUUCAUUGGCUGUCUGUUUGCUUCAACACGGGCUGAACCGUUACAGCGACUUGCGUAGGCUGGGCGAGGCAUGGCGUAGCACAAAAUCUUGUGGGAUCAACUGCGACGAAGGUGAUUGGAUCCGAUUCUGCCAACAUUUGGAUAAAAAAACCAGGAAGCUGAACUUGAGCUGAAGAAUGAACAAAUAACUAAGAAAGCUUCAGAAGAAGUAACACCUCGAUCAUCAACUGUUAAUUUACAGCGAAUCAUAAAAGGGGUAGUUGAUACCCUCGACCAAUUCCAAUGGUUGGGAUUGUUAAACACGUCAAGUUCGUUCCGGGUCGGUUGCAUUGUCGGAGAAGACUAUGUAAUUGAUAUAAGACCGAAAAUCUACGAAUCAGCCGAGUCUAUUUGCAGGCAUCAGUACGUAUGGUACGAUAGCGAUUCACAAACUUUUCACGGUAUCGCCAAAUGGAUGGACACAUUUCAAGAUCGACAGGCGUACCGUGUCGCUCUGUCUUGUCAAGUGGCUCAAAAUCUCAAAGACUUUUGUUGCUGUUUGCUGAAAAAAGGCAAUCCAGGUGAUGAUGAACUGGAAACGCGAUCCAUGGCCUAUCUGAAAGAGCUGAACCAACAGCUGGACCGUAACAUCGAGGAUCACUUAGCGAUGGUAGAUCGAUGGGAUGAGGCCAGCGAGGAGAGCAGCAAGCUUAAGAUCCUACUACACGAACUUCUCGAUCCGAGUUUCGACGAGCACAGAUUCGAAAUCAACUUGGAACUGAGACAAGAAUUCAUCGAGAGCUUAGAAAAAGCUUACGGUGAGGUGCAGAUUCUUCGACAAGAGGCCUAUGAGAAGGCUCGACUUCAAGCCAUUCAGAAUAGGGAAGAGGAUGAACGCAAGGAACGGCAGUUCAAGUUGGAAAUUGAAACCGCUACUGCUGAAAUCCAACGACUCGAACAGGAAAUUGAAGUGGACGAACGAUCGGCUCAACAGCAGUUCGGAGAUCGGACGGAGCAGAUGAAGAAGGCACGUUACCGCGACCUGUGGCAGACAGCCAGGUACAAAGUGCUGGAGACGAGCAACCGAAAGAAGCCACUGAGAUUCAUCGGUGCCGUCCAGGUACUCAUCAUGCAAAAGCGUGAGCUACUAAAGAGCAAGACCGAACAACUAGAAUGGGAUCGCUUCCGUUUGCUGCUGCACGGACUGCCUCCUCCGUUGGAGAUCGCCAAACACGGUCGCAAUCACAAACUAUUCGCCAUCGAUACCGAUGCCACAGCCGACGCCCUGCUCACUGACGUCCUUGAGGAGUUGAAGCUUUUGGAAUUGUUUCUGAAGCAGGGAGGAAAUCUUCCGCUGUUGAUGUCGUACGCACGACAGAACUCGUCCAAGGUUUUGGCCGAAAUUCGACGCAUCCUCGACAAGAUGGUGACGGAGCCCAUCAACAGCAUGUCAAAUCAAACGUGGAGAUUCAGCGGUUGCGCACUCCUCUUGAGUCACAUUUACAACCAAUGGAUGACAAAGAAUUCGUCAUCGUCCGAACAUCGCUGUGAAGAGAUCACAAUUGAAGCUUCCCGUGUUAUCUAUAUCGACGUGGAUUGGAUGACGCCGGGAUUGAGUUUGGCUCUGUCGUCGCCUCGAAUCGAAGCCGUUGGAACGGGCAUACGUCGCGUGAUUGACUUAUCGGGUGAAGACGCCAAACGGACAAUUCCCGAAAAAAGCCAACGAUGGACGCGAUGCUGGAUUGAGUGGCGACGACGGAGAGCACGGAGCGGCCGGUCAGAGUGCCGGUCAUUUGUCUAUUAACUGUGACACUUACCUCGGCAUGCCGCUCGUCAUCCAUGCCAGAGGCGGUAAUGGUUCCAAUGGACAGAACGGCGGCAACGGAAAACCCGGAAUCAAUGGUCAAAAUGGAAGAAACGGAGAGCUACAACCGAAAGAGAAAGUGAAUCAAGAUUUCGAUUUUAUACCGUUGAGAUAUUACUGGAACUUUCCGAAAAGUGUCUAUCAAUAUUGUUCUGGUAAAAUAUACGACACUUGUCACUUGGUUCUAGGAGAGCCCGGAACACCAGGCAAGUCCGGCGGGAGCGCUGGAAGCGGCGGGUGCGGAGGACAGGGAGGAUUUGCUGGCAAAGUUGAGGUGGAAUGUGGCACGGGUGGUAAUCUAAUCGACAUAGCGCAAAAUGAAAACGGCAAAGAUGGCACGGAUGGCAAACCUGGAACAAGCGCCAAAGGGGGAGAGGGGGACGCAACGGCGAUGACUCGGCACGUGUUUUUGAAACAAAUUCGGAUUCGCUAGACCCCUGGUUCUGGGUGGCUGGCGAAUGGCGUAAGGACAAAGGCAAAUUGAAAAUUGAACGCAUAAUGCGCAAAAGUAAUCAAAGUGAACAAAUUGGUUCGAGGAUCAUCGUUGUCGCUCAAGACAGCGGAAGAGCGACCGACGGAGAGCGAGGUGAAGACGGCCAAGACGCGGAUCAGAGCCACCAGAAAAAAUCAACACCCAAAAGGGCUAUGGUAGAAGCGGGGGCAUCCUGGAGAAGCGACGCUGCUGCCACCGCUUUAGCAUCCUCGCGACUCCAGCAGAAAGAGGCGGCCAUCCAGAAACUUGGCGCCGCCAUUACCAACUCCAGCGAAGCGGCAAGGCGCGCCAGAGCCGCCGCCAAACAACAAGAGGCCAACGAGAAGAAACUGAAACAAAUGAAAGAAGGUGAACAGCGGAUGCGCAAGGCAUUCCAACUGGCCAAGACGCAAUCCACGUCCCAGCUGAUGCGCACUACGCAGAGGACCCACACAAUCGCCACACACCAGGCAGCUGGUGCAGGCGAAAGUUCAAUCAGCCUUAAAGAAAAUGACGAGUUCAUUCCUAACACGGCCCACGUCCUAGCCAAAACACAACCAGCGACCCAGUCUGAGUGGGCCGCCAUGAAUGGUGUGGAUGUCCUCGACGCUCUCGUCGCCAAGUAUUCAAAGAUCUCGAAUGAAUCGUCGAGAACCUUGUCCAUACUGACGCAAUCUAUAGUCCUGCAAAUCUACUUGCCAGAGCCAGCGGACCGCGGACUCGUUUGGUCCUCGAUUGCGAAAAUAACGCGACGCAUAGAUGGUCACCCGGACCAUUUGAUUCAAUCGCUUCGAUGUAUUAGCCAGGACAUUGAUCUGAUCCAAGAGCUUAUAUCGGCUAAAGGAGGCAUUCUCCUCAAACCAAUGAGCGACGUCAUCCUGAAAAAGACAAACGACAUGGCCCGGGACAUCGUAACGACCGCUGAGAAUGCACUCGACGUUUUAGGCGUAUUGUACGCUUUUCGGCAGCUAAGCUGGAGCUACGAAGAGCUCCAAAAAUUACUUGGGCCGCUGGAAGAUAACGAGAUGAGAAAAGGCUUUGGAUCUUUGAUGGGAAAGAGCAACAAAGGAUCAUCGGCCCCUGACCCAGCCAAGAGCAAACUGAUCCAUUUUGUGCGCGACAAAUUGAUCUAUUCCGUUGCCGAAGUGAUGACGACAGCGACAUCGGUCAGAGAUGGGAAUAAAGAGUAUCCUGAUGAAACGAUGAUCCAAUCACAAGUGCUAACGCUUAACGGUUUGUUGCAAUGCUGCUCUCUUCACCUCACAACCCCUGACGGUGUGCCGGUGGCAACGUUUUUCGAUAAGCUGAUGGAAAAACUGAAAAAUAUCUCUGGCAAAGAAGGAAAAACCGGCGAUGACGUCAACGUCGCCCUGACGGACUUUGCCUGCCGUCAAAUUGGAAUCAAGAAAGUACGCGAUUUGAUGCCGAUUUCAAACACCACGUCCUCAGCUUCACCCGCCAAUCAAAUGGCUCUCAAUGUGGAUGAUGAACAGCGCUUGGAAAAGCUUUGCUUCCUUUUGAGUCACAUGAAAGUCGAUGUCGAUGACCUGGACGCUAUCCGUUUAGCUGUGGAAAAAGGCAAACCGUCCACAAAGAACCGUACAAAACCAUCUACUCGCUCGCCGAACAAGCGUUUGUCAAUUUUUACUGGACUCGCGAAUGGGAAAGUUAUUACGAUUUCUUGAAGGAAAUCAAAGAGAACCAAAAUCGUCCAGAUGAAAGCCCGUCUGAAAUGCUGGACAAGGAGGAACUACACGGCCAGUUGAACGAGCUUCAGAAAGUGGUCGAACGAUUGAAGGCGGCCCUAAUGUGGACUCACAGUGGUAAAUCUUACAAAGAUAUGAUGGAGGUGUGCACUAAGCUCAAGAAAAAGCUCGACACAUCCGGAUGGAAGGAAAAAAUAAGCGCAGCUUUUUGGACAACAUUGAAGCGAUCUUCCGACGAGAAGGAAACGCCCUUGGUAAAGUGCAUAAAUUGGGCUCGUGAGCAGGAGAGGAACAUUGUCGGAAUUUUUGAAGACUCGCACAAGGAUUUGCCAGAGACUAAUAGCAAAGAUUUUAUGUCAUUCGUCUUCCGUUUACAGACAAUUCGCCAACCGAGUAAAUCGGACAAGGAAUCGAUGGUUCCACAAUUUCGAAAGGCUUUGCAUUAUCUUGACCACAACAAACGGGUUCCUUUCACUGUUUCCGAAAUGAAACUGUUCCAUGAGGUGUUCAGCAAAACAAGGGAAGGCAUUUUCAAGGAUGAAACGAUCCUUCGUGACCAAGCCAAGUUGAAAAACGAGUACGUUGGACGCUAUGCAGAUCACCAUUUUCUCAGAUGGAUAGACAGUUACGAGGAAAUUGCGCUAAUUCAAGCAGAAAUCAGCAGACAGUGGGAGAGUUGUUCCACAGAUUCCGAUAAGGCGUCCCAACAAGCCAAAGUGGCACGUCGGAAGAACAUCUUGUUGAACCGCUACGCCGCACUCACGACGUUCUUCUUGUCGCCGCAAAAAUGCCACGAAGCAUGGCGUUCUUUGAUGCGAGAAAUGAAAGUGGACGAGUUAGAUCAACAGCUUAGAACAAGAGUAUCCAAUACUUUUGGAAAUUGCAUCCAGCAAAUGAUUGGUGACGUCGAGGCGGCCCUCAAUCAAAUCAAGGAAGGAGAUAAUGUUCAGUCAGACGGUAUUCCUGAAGAUGGAGGAGGUGAAACGCUGUGCACUGAAACCAAGCGAUGCUUAUCCAUUGUUGACACCCUGCUCACGUCAUCGAAUUGCCUUCUUGUUAAAAAAGAGCUCAGCUCCACGAUUUCUACGAUUCUUUCGGAUGUCGAGCUUCUGUUCGAGUACCUCGUCGAAUUCGACGACACGAACGCCGAGCGUAUAACGCCAUACCUAGAAAAAUGGAGGACGUCUUUGGCGACCAUGGAAGAAACUGGAAACUUAUUGAAACUAUCGGCUGACGUCCGACGAGGAGUGGCCAAUGUUUUGGACAUAGCCAACUGGUCGACCACCAGCGACGACCGUCUACUUGAAACGCUCAACCGCCGCACUAAGCAAAAUCGCGAAAACAUGACAAAUGCCCUACAACGUCAAAAAACCUUUAUCGAAUUUUUGACACGAGAACGGUUGAUGGAUGACGUCUUGAGCGUCGUCAAGGCAUCUGUCGGUUGCUUGGGAGAAGGUGAAGAUUUAAAUCCGUCCAGCCUUUGCUGUCACAAGAAUCACAACUUACCACUGUUGAUACAAAAGCAAGUGGACAUUUGGAACGAAUGUGCUCCGGCCGAGUUUCGUUCAAACGGAAAAGAUGCUCUAGCUUUUCUAGAUGCUUUGCUAUCUUCCACGUCUGAGAAGCUGCUGAAAGCGCGAGCCUCCUUGGCCAGCGAACUCCUCGUUCAUCAUAUUGACACUCCUGAGAACGUCGACGUACUGGAGCGAUGGACCAAACGUAUCAACAACUUUGUGGUAACAUUCGGCACUAAUAUGGAUUCGGACGAAGAAAUGGCCAAUCGUGUGAUCGAACUUCAAGCUUCCUUGAUCGCUCAUUUUCACGUGUUCCAGACAAGAAAUCUAAGCCUUUUCGCAGAGACCAAUAAGCUGCAUGCCAAAAUUAACAGUAAAAUAGUGACAGAGCAGCUAACCGUACUGGCUCAAGUGCUGGGUAAAUCCAAAACUGAAUCCAACUGUCUACUCGUCACAAGUCUUUGCCAUUUCGUCAACAUUCUUAGCAAAUGUGCCACAACUAGCCAACGACUAAUCGCGUCGGAUUGCAUCAUUGAAAUUAUCGAACAGCUAUUCCGCGACCCAAAUGUCAAGAAGAAUAAUGUGAAAAUGAAAACGAUCCUCGAUGUAGUGUAUUUUUCUUCUGAGGGAUUUACCUUCACCGAAAAGAGCUACUUGGAGCGUUUCAUUCAAACAGAGUCUUGUUGCAAAGACAAUAAUAUGAUCAUGCGCUUGUUUGACAAAAUCGGGGCCACAAGAAAAGGAAAAGAAGGCAACAUAUCUUCAAGCGUUACCAACAGGUUGAUUGAAGCCAUUGACUUUCAAAGUCUUUUGACCCAGGAAGAACGAAAGUACCUCACCCUUUUGGCCAACGAUGAGGUCGUGGAGACAGUGCUAAAAAAUCUACCACCGACAGCUUACUUGGACUGCUUGAAGGAACGUGCAACUAACCAAAUCUAUCGGAGACUCAUUCUCCAUUUUUACGGAGAAGAAGACGGCGACCUGACCGAUCUGCUGAAGUCGUACAAACCGGCGAAGAAGGCGGGCGAUGGAGAGGAAACGGCAGAACAACAAGAAAACAGCCCAUCUGAUUGCAAAUUUCUGAUAGUUAGCCAAUUCCAGAAAUCCUUCGGUAGGGCGUACUUCUUCGUGAAACGAGACGGCAUUGAAUUUGAAUGGCUUGCGUGGUUGCAAGAGACGGUUCUCAAGUCAUUGCAAUCAAUGCGUCGCGAUUUGCUGACGCUCGCCAAUGUAACGCAACUCAUUUCUGCCUCUGCCGAAUUCAAACUCGAUGAGCUUUUUCAAUCGACCUUAACCGCUCGACCCUAUCAGUGGCUGGAUAAUCUGCUGGCGAACUCCAUCUUGAAAGCCGUCGAUAAACUCGAUCCUGCAAAAACUGGCAAUCAAGCCGAACGGAAGACGCAACGUGGCCAUCUGACGUCGGAUCUACACGAGUGUCUGAGAUCACCGCAGCUGCAAGGCCGAAUCGUUCUGGAAGUCUUCCGCCGCAAAUUGGAACAAGAGACCCGCCUAGUGGCAGCCAUGGAGUCUGUCAAUUUUUCUUACGCUGCCCAACUGGUGAGUGGCCUCAAGACUCUCACCAAAAUCGACGAUGUCGGCAGGUUUCAGGGUACUUCCCUCAAGCACUGGCCUAGGCUGAUACGUCACUGCAAGCUAACGGAAAUCUGGCCGUCUGGUCUGGCCAAUCAGCUUGUAACGAUACUGGAUCAUCGCUUGGGCCAAGACAAGGCGGACUGCUUCCUCCAGCGUUUCAAAACAAAAUAUGGCCAUGUUCAAAAUGAAUCGCUACACCCAGAGAAAAAUGAUUGGCCGGCUAGCCAACUGUGCAAUAGCCAACUCAUCAUCCAGUUGGAAGGCAUAGUCAAAAACUUGUCGAAAUACCCAUGGAUCGUGGAUUCGUUUUUCGCUUUGGUGCGGUCGCCAGAUGUCGCCAACAGCAAAGAUGAAGAUUACCACUGGCAACACAUCCAAAGUAGAGAAUUCAUCGAACAAGAAAGAUCCAAAGCCUCGCAAUCCAAUCUAAGCGUGGCCGAACUGUUGAGAUCGAUGAGAAACGAUCCCGAAAACGAGGCCGUCAUAGGACAAAUGACAAAACAGAAUAGCUUCGUGCAAACAAUCGAUGAUAUUAAGCUGCGGGCUACGAGCGAGCCAAGAAGCCAAUGGAGCCAGAAGGACAUCGAUAACUGGGUGACUAAUAUUAAAGAAUGCAGAGCAGAGGUAGAUCUUGUCGAUUUCCUUUCGGUGGCCUUCCGGGCGGUGCAGUUGCAAAUGAAUUGCCAAUUGCGCGACUCGCAGAUGCUUGCCAUUUUAAUGUUCGUGACGCCGAGCGAGAAACAAAGACUGCAACGCCGAAUGGCGCAAAUCUCCACGGGCGAGGGCAAAACGCUGAUUACCACCUUGCUGGUCAUCUAUCACGUGCUUUCCAACUGGUCGAACGGGAGACGCCUCGUCGACGUCAUCACCAGUUCACCGGUUCUAGCCGUGGACAACGUCAUCGAGAUGAAGAGGUUCUACGAAGUUUUCGGCGUCGGCGUGCAGAACAACUGCGACGCAACCUGCUCCGAUGACGAGGAGUUGCGCAGGAAGCGCUACAACACGGACGUCGUGUACGGUGACCUGUCCAGCUUCCAGCGCGACAUCCUCUUGAGUCGAUUCUUCUCCGAUCGCGACAUCACCUGCAACCGGGAAGCUGGAGCCGUCGUCGUCGACGAGGUAGACAGCAUGCUUUUGGAUAAAGGUGAAAACAUCUUGUACUUGUCGCACAAGAUACCCGAAAUGGACGACCUCGUUCAGGUGUUCGUCGAGAUAUGGCAUACCGUCCACGAUCCGUCGGUCGCUGCUGGAGACGAGAGAGCACAAGCCACUGUGUACGAGAGCGUAAAGGAACGCGUUGAGAACGGCGACAUCCGCGUUCCCAAGUGCCUCGAAUCCUUCGUCCUGCGCUACCUGCUGGUGUGGACGCGCAACGCGUUCCGAGCCAAGAAGGUGACCACCAAAGAUUCGUACAAAGUGGACGACGUCGGCGACGGCCGUGGACAGCAGAUCGUCAUCAUGGACAAGGAGACGGGUGUGGAACAAGUGCAAAUGCAAUGGUCGCACGGACUUCAUCAGUUUCUUCAGUUGAAGCACGCUCUGAAAUUGAGCCCCAUUUCGCUGAAGGCCGUUUUCAUGUCCAACGUGGGCUUCUUCGAGCAGCGCAAAAACGCCGCCCUGUACGGAAUGACGGGCACACUUGGCUCCACCGCCGAGUGCAAACUGUUGGGCGACGUGUUCCGCGUCGAUUUCUUCAAGAUGCCUCGUUUCCGGCGUCGCUUUUGCCUAGAAGAGGAUCACCUCUUAUCUCCCACGAGGAGCCAGUGGUUGGACAAUUUAGUAGGCGCAACCAAAGCCCAGGUGGAUGCGAAACGAGCCGUGCUGGUUGUAUGCGAGAAUAUUGCCUCGGCAGAAGCCGCCUACAAUAAGCUUUUGUUUGCGUAUAAACAAGAGGAUCAAAGUAAGAAAGGGAUGGAGGCCACAAUUGGCGUUAAUAUCAGCAAAUACGUCAGUUCGUUCGACAAAGGAUUCCAAAAGAAACAACACGACUCCUCUCUGGCUCCCGGCGACAUCAUCGUGGCCACCAAUCUGGCCGGCAGAGGAACCGAUUUCAAGAUCAACGAGCAACUCGCCAAGAAUGGCGGGUUGCACGUCAUCAUAGGAUACAUGCCGGCCAACGCUCGUAUCGAGGCGCAAAUCGAGGGACGAGUGGCUAGAGCUGGUCAGCCUGGAAGUUUCCAGUUUGUCGUGUGGGACCCGACCGUCAGUGUGUCCAAGUCGGACGUCGCCUCGGAGCUUUGCGGCUUGAAAGUGAGGCGCGACGACCGAGAAUGCCGUCGGCUGGAACAAAUUCGCACUCGCGGUCUGCAGAAGAUCUUCCUGGAAGAAGAACUGUUCAAGAAAUUUCACGAGGAGAUCUACAACGUGGCGAGGAAGAUGUUGCGUCAAAAUACCUCACCGGACGGCGAAUUGCAGUUGAAAUUUUUGACCAACAACUGGGCGCUCUGGUUGGAUGAUAACGCCGAUCACAUCGACAACAUUCACGUACGCAAAUCGGACACCGUCUACGCGAAUUUCAAGUCAUUUCAAACGAAAUGCCUCGCGUCGGCCGGUGAGUCAGCCGGUAGUUUUGCGCGGUUCGCAUCGACGCCAUCUGAGCUGAUGAUUCUUGGCGAUUUUUUUGAAAAGACGAAAGAAACUGAACAUAAAGCGAAUCAUUGCUACAUACAGGUUGUCAAGAAAGAGCCGGACGAUUGCCCAGGUGCGCUCAUCCGUCAAGCGAAGCUGAUUUUGCGCGAAGCGGGCAGCGUCGAGAAGAGAAAAGCGAAGCCACUGCUGAUCAGGGCGAGAACUUUGAUUGAAAACAAAAUCGGCCAGCUUUCCAUUUGUAACGAUUUGGUUAAGAAGACGUUGAAGACGCACGAAAAGUCCGGCAGCGUCAUGAUCAAUGAGAAUCGAUUCGAGGAACAGACAACCAAUUUGAUAAGUCUUUUACAGGUGCAUUUGACUGCCAUAGAUGACAUCUUGGGGCGGUCGGUUGUUGGCGCCCUGGCCAUGCAUUUUCCGAAGGAAGAAGAAAUGCAACACAUCUUAGCGCUAAUAACAGACGAGCUGAAACACAAAGGGCAUUGUAAGCCUUAUCGCUUGUCCAAAAGCGUGUCGGUGAGGUCGAUCGGUGUUGGCAAAGACAUGAGUGACGAUCACCAAACUGUUCUCUGGAUGGACUACGGUACAACGUCACAACAGAGACGGAUCCAUUGGCCAACGGAGAUGGCCCAGUACGAACGCGCCGUCGUUCAGCGCAUUGACGAAAGAAGAGACGCUCUGCGGCAAUCGUUCACCAAGUGCACGUUGACGGACGUGGUGGUCACCCAGAACCAGGUGUGGGAAGAGUUGGUCAAAGAAGGGUACGUAGUUCAGGAAAAGAUCAUCGACCAGGACGUUAUCCGUUGGGCGCAAUCGCAAAUUGAGGGUGAUUCUGCCGUCAAGGAUUUCCUCGAACGACUGCCAACAGAAUUGGACUGUUUGAAAACUGUUCUUGUGGAUUGGCUCAAGCGUCACGACGAAGAACCCUUCGACGAAGCCGUCACUCCGUUGAAGCUCGACAACGUCACUUUGAAGUCACUCGAGAGCUUCCUGAAGGAGAGCCAAAUCGUGAUUCACAUCAAUCAUAGGCAGGGCGUGCUCUCCAAAGAGAUAUCGUUCGAUCCGAACCGAACGAGCUCGCCCGUUGUAGGCCUGUCGGAACAGUUGACGAAAUUCGACCAUUUAAUAGCGAUGUGGAUACUACAAAGUUCAUCGGAAGAACUUGGAGAAAGUGCAUUUAAGAAGGUAGGCGAGACAGUAUCUCGUGAAGAGUUGCCGUGCCCGAAAGACUCGGAAGAAGGGGCCGAGAAAAUCUGGAAAUAUCUGUUGAGCGAAGGAGUCAUCAAAGAACCUAAAGUUGCCUUUAAGCCGGGACUGAACGCCAACAAGGAGGACAUCGAAAUCCGGAGGAAAGAAAUCACGAAAGUGGUUGAAUCAUUGGCCGGCGUUAAAGAAAUUUGCUGGAAGCACCGACCGCCACCGAAACCGGUGACCGAGCAUUCCGUUUACUACGAUGUCCCAAGUUAUUGGGCGGACAGCGCGUGGAAUACCGUUGGAAAUGCGUUCAACUACGUCAAUCCCUUCGGUGGCAAGAAAUCGGACGAUGCGAGCCAGGCUACCAAUGUUGACGAAUGGCUAACCGAGAAACAAAACAAACAACACCUGGAAGCCUACAAGAGGGACGUCGUUUCGGCUUUGUUCAGCAGCAUAGGCCAGUUAAAGACCAUUCCGAUGGUGAACACUACGCUCAAGCCGCUUUCCGACUAUUUCGUGUCGGACACGUCGAGGACGUAUCCAGCGGAGGAAAUGCAAAGUUUAGCCGGCAAAUCCUUUACAGGAGUCAUCAAGUUAGAGGCGCACAAAACUUGGUGGGACUACUGGGACAGGCGAGCUUUCUACGUAGCCAUGGCAGGCGUCGCCCAAAUCGCGUUAGGGGUGGCCUUAGCCACAAUGUCGGGCGGACUACUCGCAGUUGUCAGUAAAACUCUCAUCGCUGAAGGAGUGAGUGACAUUGGCUACGCAAUCCAGGCUGGGCUGACGGGUACUUUCUCCUGGGGAGGUUACUUGUCACACAAAAAAUGGAGCCUGGCCAUGUCUGUCGCCACAGCCGGGCUGGGUGCGUAUUUGACAAAAGGAGCGGCAGCUGGCCGUCUGGCUGCAAUGGGAUUCCAGGGCAAAGUGGGUUUGGCCCUCUGCUGGGCAGCAACCAAGAGAGCGCUGGCCAAGUGUGGUCAAGCUGUGCUGUCUACGAUGACUAGCAUGGGCGUCGAGAGGCUGUUGUCUUGGCUAAAAAAAUUCGUCAUCGAAAACGUUUUGACGCACGUGAAAUUCCUCAUCAGCAAGGCUCUGUGGUUUAUUUUCAACUCCCUAAGCAAUGCCCUCGAUCGGAUCUGGGCGCUGCUGCAAAAGAUGGGACGAAGCGUGGAUGAUGUGAAACAAGUGAUCGACGGCUACUUGGACAAAGCGAAAUCGUCAGAUCUUUACACGCUAUGGGGACGUCGCAUGGCUGGGCAGGCGACUUCGGUCGGAGGCGCCAUAGGACGUUGUUUCUCCGAGUCGCAAGACGUCUUGAAAGCGGAAGGCAAGAUUGAACUAUUUGAAGGGGAGAAAGCCGAGGGACUUGACGUCUUAAAAAAAUCAUUUAAAUUUGUGGGCUACACCGAAAAGGCGAUAAAGAUUGUCAAUUGGAUCAAGAACGGCACGGAGAUCUUGGGUCUCAUCACGUUCGCACCAGAAUACGUCAAGAACGUGGAGAGCUCCCUGUCUGAGGAAGCGAGAAAACUAGAAGCUGAAGAACAGGAGAAGGAAGCGACGCAACAAGCUCACCAAAACCAAGAGUCGAUCAACGAAGAAGAGAAAGAAGAAGACCAGCUAAAUGCCGAUGAAUCGGCCGAAACGACUCAUGCGACGUACAGUGUAGCGUCGACAACCACAGCCGAAUCCGAGACGAAAGUGUUCAACGAAUACAAACAGAAGGUGAAAGAAAGAAUAGAAGGCGACGUUGUCACCUACAUGGUGGAUAGUGUGACCAAGACAUGGGUGCAACCCUGGCUGCAGAGCAAAAUCGAGGGCCUCAUCGUAUCCGCAGGUCAGAAUGUGUUGGAGCGCAUUGGCAGUAUGUGGAAGGGAUCGCAAGGUGAUUCGAAAAUGGCCGACAAUCAAGCCGAAGAAAACGAGGCAUUGAACGACGAAGAGGCGAAAAAAGCUGAAAGUGAAAAGAAAGCCGCCGCUGCCAAGAAGGAACUUGAAGACUCGCUCGGGGAAGGAAACAGCCAGAAAGAGACGGAUGAAAAUGGAAACACUGUCGUUCAACCAAAGGAAUACAAAGAUGUUGUCACCAGUAUGGGUCAAGGCCAAGCCGCUGGUCUUCUGCAGAUGCAGAUGGUAGCGAAUGCAACUAAUUGCACGCUCGUAAUAAUUGACAAAACGGAAGAGAAGGAUUUCAAAAGCGACGACGGCCAAUUCAGCAUAACUCCGGAUGGAAAAUCUGAGAAAACCAUUCAACUCGUAUACACGAAGAACGAAGAUGGCACGAAGCAUGUUUCUCUCAUUGGUCCCGAUGGUAAAGAAAUGCAACUUCCGCCUUCUAUGAUGAAUGCGAACGGGACGCCAGUCCCCCGAACCGUUGUCUUUACGAGGCUGUCGCUGGUGCUCUGGGUAAGAAUGUGGACGAUCUCCUAUCGCAGGUGAAGGAGAAUGCACUCAACGAUAAAAUGUCGCAAUACCUGUACGAUCAGAAAGUAAACGAGGCCUUACCGCACAUGCGAGUUGGUCGGAAAUGCGAAGGUGAACGUGCUGAUCUGUUCCUCCUUGUAGACGAAAAUGGGAACGCUCGUCAUGUUUUAACUAGUAUAACAAAGAAAAAUCUGAAAGGCGGCAGUGAAGUUACUGACGCUGCGAGAAAAGAACUAAAAAGCGAUGAGGAAAGAGAGGAAGAUGACCAAUGUGGCCAUUUGAUAGCGUUUUUUCUCGGCGGUGGAGGUGGUAAAAAAAUGCACAAUGUGGUUAACAUGAACAGUUCGCUCAAUCAAGGCGCGUACAAAAAAUUAGAAAUGGAGUUGGCAAAAUUCUUGGAGGAAAAUGAGAACGCAAGAGUUGACGUAGAUAUCUCACUGAAUGAGGGGAUUACGAACGGUAACCUUAAGAGUCCGUUAAAUCUCCGGUUUUCCUGGCGUAUGUCCGUAAACGAUGAUGUCGUAUCUCACAGCAGUGUAUUCUUCGUGAACAAGGCCGAUUCCAAGACACACAAUGAAGUGGCAUAUAAAGAGAAGCCGCAGUACCAGGAUACACCUAUUCAUCGCGUCAAUAAUCCUGAAGGGGGAAAACCUCCCACAGCGGAAAUUGUUCAUUUUGACGGACGGCAAGAGUCCAUCCGUCCUGGCUUAACGCUGGCUCGCCCUGGCGACUACAAACCCGCGAUUCAAGAAAACGAACAACACAGAAGAAAUCAGAUUCUUGAAGUGAAUGAAGAGGAAGAUGUGCCAGUGAGGAGACAAGCGCAGAACUGAAAGUGCAAGAACACACCGCAGUACAAAUCCCAGUGAAGAAGACAAACCAAAGCAAAACAGCAGAAGUGAAAGACCCAGUGAAGACAAGAUUUUCAAACCGAAAGUGCAAUAACAGGUACAGUUUAAAAAAUGUCGGCUUGUAUUCAAGUUUGUGAGGGAUAAAACGGAAUAAGAAAACAAAAGCAAAAAACAAAUAUGUGAAAUGCAUAUCUAAGUUGAUAUCGAUAUUGCCUUGCUAAGAAAAGUAACAUGGCAUACAUUUCAUUUUCAUUAUUUGGGCAGUAGAAUAUGUUAUUUGGGGGGGAUGAAAUAAUCAUUCAUUUACAAAUGCUUAAUAAAAUUCAUUUUAUCAGUUGAACAUUUAAUAAUAGACAUGCAAUCAAAGCUACUUUGGGGAAACUUAAUCCUAGAAAUGUUCCCUUGUAUGCUCCCUUAUUAGUUAACAGAUGUUUAAGCACACAUUAAAAAAGCUUCAGCAUAGUGCAUUUACUUACAUAAUAGCCAAAUGAAUACUUCUGUUUUUUUGUUUUGUAUACCAAAUAAAGAUAAAAUCAUGAAA